AAGCAUAGUCGCUUGACGGCUUGAGAGUUGAGAUCAAUUUCAGUGUCGCCAAAAAAACGAAACCGAAAACUCAAAACAAAUUUCUGUAGCGCCUUCUGGGAAAACCCUAGCGCUCCGCCAUGGCCAACAAGAUGAGCUUCUGGGGUGUCGAGGUAAAGAGUGGGGAGUCUGUUGUUGUUGAACCUGGUAUGACCUUUGUCCAUCUUUCACAGGCCUGUCUGGAUGAGGUCAAGAAAGGCAAGGGAAGUGAUCCUAUCUCACUCUUUGUGAAAAUUGGCGAUAAGAAGCUUGUUAUUGGACAUCUUAAUACCGAGAAAAUACCUCAAUUAUAUAUGGAUAUUGUGUUUGAUAAGAAAUUUGUUCUAUCCCAUAAUGGGAAAAGUGGGAGCAUCCACUUCCAGGGCUAUAUUGCUAACAAAGGGGCUUUUGGUACUGCUGAACCGAAGGUGAGUAUUGAGGAAGCUAAGAAAGAUAUCAAAUCCGAAAAGAAGGUAUCUAGUAGUGAUGAUGAUGAUGAGUCUGAAGAUGAAGAGUUUGAUCAGGUCAAGAGUGUGAAAGAUGGCAGUGAAGAAGAUGAUGAAAGUAGUGAUGAUGAUGAUGAUGAUUCUGAAGAUGAAGAUGAUGACAGCGAAGAAGAGCAUGAAGAGACUCCAGAUAAGGUUGAUGGGAGUAAAAAACGUGCAGCUGAGAGUAGUAAAACACCUGUUCAAAAGAAGGCAAAGUUUGUUACUCCUGAAAAAACUGGUGGCAAGCAAGGAGCUGUCCACACAGCAACUCCUUACCCUUCAAAACAGGCUGUGAAAAAAACUGCUAAUUCUGACCAGGCAAAGCAGCAGACCUCAAACCCAAGUGGCAGCGGUGCAUUCCGUUGCAAUCCCUGCAACAGGUCAUUUAACUCGGAUGGUGCGCUGCAGAGUCAUACAAAGGCAAAACACGGAGCUGCAAAGUGAAAGGCCUAGCAUGAGGGAACAAGUUAGAUCACGUACAUAUGAAGGGAGAAGAGAGAUCAGCUUCUUAUGCUGUUAAGCAACUCAUUUUGGUCCCAUCAACUUAAGAUGGAAUCUUUACAUAUCCCGGAGACAUUUUAUGCAAUUUUAUGUUCCUGAUAUGUCCCGAAUUCCCUCUGCAUUUCUCUAUUCCUUUUCAGUGGUUAGGGAUUAUGCAAGAGUCAUUUCAUGGGCUGCGAAGGGUGGCCUUGCUUUUGCUUUAACAUGCCUAGUUUAUACAGUGACUAGUCAAUUUUUUCGGUAGCUCUAUAAUAUCAAGAUCACACCCUUCAUUCUA